AUGUCCAGCUCUAAGGGUGAUGAACUCAUGAAACAAGGAGAGGCCAAGUUGAAGAAGUUCUCUUUUUUCAACAAGACCGGAAAGUUUGAGGAGGCAGCUGAGCUGUUCAAGAAGGCAGCGAAUCAAUAUAAGGUAUCCCAGUUUUGGCCAGAGGCUGGAAACGCAUUUUCUCGUGCCGCGGAGUGCUACCUCCAGCUGGAGCAGAAUCACGAUGCCGCCACGAGUUACGUGGACGCUGCUGUGUGCAUGAAGAAGUCUGACAUGGAUAAGGCUGUGGAACUGUACGAGGAGGCCAUCUCUAUCUAUUGUGAUAUGGGCCGCUUCUCGAAUGCCGCCAAGCUGGAGAAGGAAAUCGCCGAAAUGUAUGAGAACGAUAACCAGCCUGAUAAGUGUGUGCAGCACUACCAGCAAGCUGCGAACUACUUCCAGGGAGAGGAUAGCGUGACCUCUGAGAACCAAUGUCUCCUGAAAGUCGCUCACUUUGAGGCUCUCAGCGAGAAAUACGACGAGGCCAUUGCGAUAUACGAGAAGGUGGCGCAAGCCUGUCUCGAGAAGAACGUGCUGAAGUACAGCGCGAAGGGACAUUUGUUCUGCGCUGGAAUUCUGCAUCUGUGCCAGAACGAUAUCGUGGCGAUGCGACAGGAACUGGAGAGAUACAAGGAAAUGGAUUAUACGUUUGGGUCUAGUCGCGAGUGCAAGCUGCUGGAGGACCUCACGAACGAUCUGGAAGCGAUGAACGUGGAUGACUUCACAGAGCAUGUGUUCAACUAUGAUAGCAUUUCGCCGUUGGAUCCCUGGAAGACCUCGAUGCUGCUGCGCGUAAAGAAGAUGAUGGGUGGAGCUGAUGAGGAGGAGGAAGUGAACUUGGCUUAACUAUAACCCCCCAUUAUUGUCGUUGU